UCUACUAGCAGGAACGGUUAAGUCUCUAAAAUGGGUCGUGUUUGUACCAAGACUGUGAAGAAGUCCUCUCGCCAGGUGAUUGAGAGGUACUACUCUAAGAUGACCUUGGACUUUCACACAAACAAGAAGAUCUUGGAGGAGGUUGCCAUCAUUCCCUCAAAGCGUCUUCGUAACAAGAUUGCUGGCUUCUCUACCCACCUGAUGAAGCGGAUUCAGAAGGGCCCAGUUCGUGGCAUCUCACUGAAGCUGCAAGAAGAAGAGCGUGAGCGUCGUAUGGACUUUGUGCCUGAUGAAUCUGCCAUCAAGACUGAUGAAAUUAAGGUUGAUAAGGAGACACUCGACAUGCUUGCUGCUCUUGGCAUGUCUGAUAUCCCCGGGCUUGUCGAAGCUGAACUACAGCCUGUUAUUCCUGCACAGGUGUUUGGUCGUGGUGGAGGUGGUGCUGGUGGACCUAGGAGGUACUGAGGUGGUUGAGUCUAUGAUUUUAAGAAUCAAUAUCUUAGUUUCUAUUGAACCACUGGAUUUUUUUUUUUUUUUUUGGGUUAAAUUUGAUGUUUUGAUGCCAAUGACAAAGUGAACUGGUGUUAAUUUUGGUUAUGAAUGGGGUGUUUAGAUGUUUUCGAA